AUGUAUGAGGACUACACGGCAGCUGAAGAUGACUUCAAGCGUAACCUGGACAGUGGCGGGGCAGACGAGGUGUCGAAUCUGUUUUAUCUCGGUCUGGCUCAGUACUACCGCGGCAAGGUUCGCAACGCUAUUGAGGUGUUCAAAGAAGUGCUUUGCAAGGACCCGGAUCACCUGGACGCUUGCACUAGCCUCGCUCAGGCUUUUAGGGAGGUAGGGAAUAUCCGGAUGGCUCGGAGCAAGUUCAACCAAUCGCUGUCAUUGAAUAGUGAUCAUGUAAUGACCAGACAGUUACGAGGAGAUCUGCUCUACCACAGUGGGGAAGCCUCGCUGGCUGUCAAUGAUUUUGAUGUAAGAUUUUAG